AUGACAGCGCUUCUCUUUGCAACAAAAUAUGAAAAUAUAAGAUCAGCUGAGACUCUAAUUAUCAAUGGAGCAGACAUUAACUCAAAAGGCAAAUCCAAUAAAACAUUACUUCAUUAUGCAGCAAAGGAAAAUGCUAAAUCAAUAGUAGAUCUCCUAAUUUCACACAAAAUAGAUGUAAAUGCGAAAGAUAAUAAAGGAAAAACUGCCCUUCAUAUAGCUGCAGAAUUUAACUUUAAAGCAAUUGCUAUUCGUUUUGUUUCUCACGGAUGUAAUAUAAAUGACAAAGAUAUUGAUGGACACACAGCUCUUCAUUAUUCAACUAUAAACAAUUAUAAAUGA